CUUAUCACAUGACACACGCAGGGUCAGUCUCGUGAUCUACAAUGUAAAAUAUAAUACAAAAUUUAUCUGAUUGACAUUGUCCUAGAAGCUGUCGGCCAAGGAAAGGGGCGUCUCAUACGAUAACACGACAAGUGCCUGACAAUCAACAAUAAAAAGGUUUAGUCAUGAAGAUCCUGUUGGUAUCCUGUGUGUUGUUUGUCACAGCAUUUGCUGUUCCAAGGCAAAGAUAUGAAAACAAGAAACUAAACUUUGAUGACAUCAUCAACCAUGUUAAUGGGCUAAAGACAACGUGGAAGGCUGGACAUAAUUUCCAUCACAUGCCAGCCAACACUCCAUUGAGCUUCUACAAGUCUCUGUGUGGAGUCCUGGAAGGCUCGGAGAAGUUCAGUCGGCAGCUGCCCAGGAAGGAGUUCUUUGAUGUCCAGGAUCUUCCCGAGAACUUCGACCCCAGGACCAAGUGGCCCCACUGCCCAUCUCUCAACGAAGUGCGAGAUCAAGCAAACUGUGGAUCAUGCUGGGCGUUUGGUGCGGUGGAAGCAAUGAGUGACAGAAUCUGUAUUGCAUCUGGUGGCCAGAAGAACGCACACCUGUCUGCUGAACAGAUGAUGACUUGUUGUCACACCUGUGGAAUGGGAUGCAAUGGAGGAUAUCCCAGGGCUGCCUGGGAAUACUAUGAAAAUGUUGGUCUUGUCACUGGUGGCCAGUAUGGAAGCAAACAGGGCUGUCAGCCGUACGUUCUUCCCCAGUGUGAUCACCACGUUCCUGGGACGAAGCCACCGUGCUCAGGAGAUGCCAAAACACCAUCAUGUUCACACAAGUGUGAGCCCGGAUACAACAAGACCUUUGAACAUGACAAACACUAUGGUAAACGACCGUAUGGAGUUCGGGGCGAGUCUGAUAUUAUGACCGAGUUGUUCACCAAUGGACCAGUGGAAGCAGCUUUCACCGUCUACAAGGAUUUUCUCACAUACAAGUCAGGUGUUUACAAGCACACGUCUGGGGAAGCUCUCGGUGGCCAUGCUGUUAAAAUGAUGGGGUAUGGUGUUGAAGCUGGAACAAAGUACUGGCUCGUGGCCAACUCCUGGAACAGUGACUGGGGCGAUAAAGGAUUCUUCAAAAUACUCCGAGGAAAUGAUGAAUGUGGUAUCGAGUCACAGAUUGUUGGCGGUGAACCAAAAUAAUAAUUUUGAAACGUGAAGAGACUGUUUUGUAAAAAAAAAAAAAAAAGUUCAUUUUUAAAGCAUAAUUGAUUCAGUAGGCUCAUCUCUGUUAAAUUUUUAUUGUUUUUAAAUACAUGAUAAUUAUUUUUGAUAAUAUAUUUGUACAAUAAAAUUAUUAAGAAACGA